UCGCUGGAACAAAGAGGGCGGGGGGGAGUGGAGUCAGUGACGUUUCAUCAGCACCAAGGACAGCGCCCGCCCUGCAUUGCACCCAACCACUGCCGUGCGGGCAGCAGCAAGCCUUGGGCUGGGAACAUGAUGGAUUUCACCAGCCCCCUCCUUUCUGAUAUAUUUGCAAAAUGUAUUGGAGGCCACAUUGUCCGCGGAGGACAGCAAGUGUGUAUUUUAAUACGUUACGGAUGGCCGUGCUAAAAAAAAAAGACCCAGCUAAUGUAUUGCUUAUUUUUACCGAAGGGCAAUUUACAAUUGCACUGAAAGCAAAAACCGAAGCCCAAAUCAUGAAUAAUUAUUUAUGCACGUUUAUAUAAUUAAGGGAUUUUGUAGAAAAUAGGCGCCCGAUUAAUUUAAGUAGGUCAAUACCAUGUCGGAUUUGGUUGAAGAAGGCCGUUUCCAUGGCAGCAACACAAAUACAUCAGUGGACAUAACGCACUCCGAGUGCAAUGCGUCACGAUGGAUGAUGGAUCGUUCGUGUGCGUGCCAGUCUAUACAUGCGUACACAUGUACACACGCACACACAAGCGCGCACACGUACAAUCAUUGCAUAAUUUUACAUUUCAAAUGAACUCACUCUGAGCGGAGCGCUGUCUCCUAAUUAAUAAUCGACGGUCGUCCCUCAUGCGCACUAGCGCAGGAGGGGCAAGGUCAGGGCUGCAAGGGCAGCGACGGGGCUCCUUCUUUGGCGUGGGAGGAGGGGCAAGGCAGGGGCAAGGCCGGCGGAGCCAGGGGCGCCGCUUCAUCCACCGUACCCCCUCCCCCCUCCAGCGAUGGAGCGCGGCGCGCAGUGGCAGCGCCAACGCCCCGCUCCCGAGAAAACGGCGGAGCCGGCAGCGGCACCAUCAUCCUCCUCGUCGUCAUCGUCCUCUUCUUCAUCUUCGUCGUCGUCCUCGUCAUCGUCGUCCUCGUCCUCCUCGUCGUCCUCCUCAUCCUCUUUAUCCGGCAUCAAGAAAUACUGCGUCAACUGCCUGGAGGAGGCGACCGCCUUGCGUCUGCGCUGCGCCGAGUGCGCGGAUAUGGAGCUCUGCCUCGAGUGCUUCAGCGCCGGAGCUGAGCUGGGCCCGCACCGCCGCUGGCACUCCUACCAGAUGGUCCUCCAACAGCCGGCGUGCGGCCCCGGCAGUGGCCGGGCGCCCGAGCUGCAGCAACCACCCAGGGCGACCCCCUGCGUCGCGGCGCUUGCCUCGGCACCGGUAGCGUCGGCCGCGACCCCCGCUCCGACCCAGGUUCCAAUCUCGGUGGCUCCGACUCAGACGCAGGCUCCGAUCCCGGCUCCAACUCACACACCGAUGUCAGCGGCUUCGGCGGGGGCAGCCGCGCAGACGGCGCCAGAGUCGGCGGAGGAGACGCGACCGGACGAGCCGUUGACCCGGCAGCCCGGGGCGCCUGAGGACACCCCGGCGGGACCUUCUGCCCCGUGGAGUAACUGCGAAGAGCAACUGCUGCUGGAGGCCGUGGAGCAGUAUGGCUUCGGUAACUGGGAGGACGUGGCAGCGCACGUGGGCUCCCGCACGGCGGCAGAGGCCACGGAGCACUACCUAGGUCGCUUCGUGUACGGUAACAUUGGGAGGGCGUGCAUCCCUGCCAUCAUCCCCAACAGAGUGACAGACCACACGUGCACGGAGCCCGGCUUGGGUAGCCCUCCACCGUCACCGUGUCUCCUCGAGCUCUCCCCGGCCGAGCGCCAGCAGCUGGGCUACCUGCCCCUGCGCGACGACUUCGAGGUGGAGCACGACCCCGAGGCGGAGGGCCUCAUCAGCGGCCUGGCCCUCAGCUACUCGGACGACGAGCUUGACCUGGAGCUGAAGCGUGCCUGCGUGGAUAUGUACGUCCGCCGCGUGGAGGAGCGGCAGCGGCGCAAGCAGAUCGUGCGCGAGUACAACCUCAUCGCGGGCUUCCUGGGCAAGGAGCGCGACCGCGGCCCCAAGGGUCGUCCGCCGUCCAAGGAGGAGACGGAGCUGCGCGGGAGAAUGCAGCCCUUCUGCCGCUUCCUGCCGGCGCACAAGCUCGACGAGAUGAUGGAGAGCGGCAGCCGCGAGCGCGGCCUGCGGGCGCGGUGCGCGAACUGCAGAGGGUACCGCUGCGACGGCAUCACCCGCCUCGAGGAGUCGGCCGAGUACGAGGCGGCCAAGCACCGGAGGGAGAAGCGCAAGGCUGGGAGACCCCCCACGCCGACCACGAGGCAGAGCGGGCGGCCCCCCACGCCCAACACACGUCUCGGUGCCCUCGCGCUGAGGAACAAGGAGCAGCCCGACGGCGACGCGCCCACCCUGGAGAACCUUCCAGGCUUCCAGGAGCUGUCGGAGCAGGAGCGCUUGCUGUGCACCUCCCUCGGCCUGAGCCCCACGCGCUAUGUCACCAUCAAGGCCAUCCUCAUUCGCGACUACCUCCAGAAGCGGCAGGGUAUCCCCUCCAAGCCACGCCUGCCCCCCUACCUCGACAAGUCGCACAAGAAGCGCAUCCUCAGCUUCCUAACCAAGAGUGGCUGGAUUGCCCGAGAGGCGCAAUAGAGGAUGAAGCCUCGAUUGCAUCUCCCGAUUAGCACGGUUGGCUAUGUAUGGUGCGAAAGAAGUUCAACAUACAGUGAGGGAAAAAAGUAUUUGAUACCCUGCUAAUUUUGUACGUUUGCCCACUGACAAAGAAAUGAUCAGUCUA